AUGGCGUCUGACAAGGUGGUAGUUGCAGGGCAGAAUAUACAAAAGGAGCUAAAUCUGAAGGUGCAGGAACUGCAGGUGGCCUGUGCUGAGCUUUCCUCUCUGCCCUCUGGCCGGAGGAGCUCUCAAGAUUCCGCCACGUGGCAACCACCCCACACUUGGCGCAACAGCGACGCGUCGGAUUCCUCCUUUUCCCGCGCGACCCACAACUUCCCCUUCCCGCAAGCCCUCGGCGCAACCUUCUUCCCUGCAUUCGCCACCGUCCGAUUUCUCGAGCAUUUCCUAGAUUCGCAUCCGGACCGUUCGCUCGCCGGGAUGGCUCCGUCGUCGCACGUGGUCAUCGCGAGCGUUACCGUGUGCGCAGUCGUCGCGAUUGGAGUGUGCUAUCUGUGCAUGCGGAAGAAACGGAGAGACGGGGACGGGUACGACGGGCCUAGCCAGUCAUCUGCGGCUACAGGUGCUGCUGGAGGUGCAGCGGCUGCUAAUGGCGAAACUCGCGUGCCGCUUCUGUUCUCCCAGUUCGCACGUGGAAAGAAGUGGGGGGGAAGACAGGGGAGGGUGAAGUUUGGCGAGUCGACUGUGAGAGAGUAUGAUGCUGGGGAGGGGUUGGAUGGGGAGGGGGACGCAGAGGCUGCUGCUGCUGCUGCUCCUGCUGCUGCUGUUCCUGAUGCUGCAGUUGCUGCAAAGAAGAAAGCAGCUAGGAGGGAAGGCGCCACGCUGGUGCUGGAGGUGAUCAGUGGGCCGGCAUCGGGCAGCCGGCUGGUGCUGAAGAACGAGAAGCUGGAGCCAUGGCCGUCUGCCACCAUAGGGCGGGUGAAAGCCAACGACCUGCAGCUGAACGAUGGGGAGGUGUCCAGCAAACAUGCUUACGUCACCUGGAAUGCCCUGUCCGGGCGGUGGGAGGUGGUGGAUCGCGGGUCGCUGAACGGCACUCUGCUGAACGACGAGGCGAUCAACGCAGAGGCGGACGAGGAGGGCGAGCGCACCGAGGGGCGGCCCUGCCAGCUGGCGGAUGGGGACGUGAUCACAUGCGGGUCGCAGUCGCGCAUUCUGGUGCGACUACUGGCAGACACAAGCAAGGUGGAGCACCCGUGCCCAGACGCCCCGUGUGACAUCGCCAUAGCAGCCGACCCCAUGCGGGCACGCAAGGGAGGCAAGCCGCUGCCCAUGGAGGACGUGCCUCUGUGCGAGUGGCCGCUCAGAGGCCUGCAAGAUAUGGGCAUCUGCUGUGUGUUUGACGGCCAUGCGGGCAGGCAGUGCGCCGACAAUGUCAAGAGAAUCUUCCCUGAGAAGCUAUCCCAAGAGCUACUCAAGGGCGGCAAGCACGUGGUGGUGCGCAUGAGCUGCAACGCGACCGACGUGCUGCGAGCAGCCUUCAAGGUGACAGAGGAGGAGCUCAAUAACGAGGAUGAGGGCUGCACUGCCACCGUGCUGCUCGUGUGGCGGGCCUUCCAGCCGCCCCACCGUGUGUGGGUGCAGGCAGCCAAUCUUGGGGACUCACACUGCGUGCUGGGCCUGGGCAGCGCGAGUGAGGAGGCAGUGGUGCAGAUGACAGAGGACCACCGGCUGACAGGGCCCGUGGAGAAGGGGCGCCUGGCGUCCAUUGGCAAACCCAUGCGCGACGGGGACACUCGGCUGUGUGGCAUGAACAUAGCGCGUGUGUUUGGGGACAAGUUCCUCAAGCAGCAGGACGUGGGGCUCUCCUCCGACCCAUUCAUCCAUGCACCCCUGCAGCUGCCCGUGCCAGACGAAGGCAGCACGAGCAAGCCAAUUAUUGGAGUCAUUGCCAGCACAGGCGGCGGCGGCGGUGACGGUGGGUUUGACAGAGACUCGCGAUCGGAUCCGCGCAUCGGAUCUACGAGCCGCGUGGUUUCCGCGAGAGAGGUUUCAGGGGGAGCGGAUGCUCAAGGGGGAAUCUCGGACCGCGAAAGCGCGGAGCUGAAGCUUCGCGGAAGCAGCGCCGAUGUUGACGAGGACGAGGAGACGGAUGACGUGGACGAGCGGACGAACGAGCUUCCGGCGCACGCGCUAGCAAACGCCGACGCGAUCAGCGCUGACGUGGCAGAGCUGACGUCAGCGUUGGAGGAGGAAGAAGCAGGGUUAGGGUUACACCCCGAGUUAGACGUUGAGGGUUUGGAGCAUAUAAUCGACAUGGGAAGGCGGCUCGAGGGCAUGCCGCGGCGCGUGCAGCGAUUCAUGUUCGAGAAGAUGCUUAAAGUGAAGCCGGGCCGACCGCCGUCCAUGCAGCGGUUGAAACGGCAAUUCCAGAUGCGAAUAGUGGACGUCAACCGCACUGCCAAGGUCACCAAGGGAGGCAAGGUGUUGAGUUUCACGGCGCUGGUGGUGUGUGGGAACGGGCAAGGCACGGUGGGGUAUGGCAAGGGCAAGUCGGCAGAAAUGGGGCUGGCGGUUGAUAAGGCCUACCUGCGGGCGCUGAGGAAUCUGCAUUACUUUGAUCGAUUCAGAGGGCGAACCAUUGCCGAAGCACAGAUGGCGAAAUACGGCAAGACAAAGGUAUACAUGUGGCCGGCACGCAAGGGGUCGGGCAUGAGUGCCGGGAGCACGCUGGCUGGCAUUCUGAGACUGGCGGGCUUCCAAGCAGUCAAGACCAAGGUGAUUGGCUCGCGGCAUCCCCACAACACAGUGAAGGCAGCCUUCCAAGCUCUCAGCAUGGUAACAGCCAAAGCAGAGGCAAGCCAGAUGUAG